AGAUGUGAUUGGGAAAAACAGGCUCUGGAAACCAGCAUUAGCCUGUACAAAUUAAGGAGUCUCAAACAAUAGAUCCCUGCGGAAAAACAGCCUUUACAUUGUUUCUUAUCUUUUGUUUGUGCAAUCAUGCCAGUUGUUGUUGAGAAUGAACCGUAUGGCUUCAUAGCAUAUUCAGAACCACCUUUGGUCAACAAAUAUCCAAGUCGGCUCCAUAUUUGGGGUGAGGCAAUGGCAUACCUCCAUAUGUGUGUACAGGAUCGUGCUAUCAAGUCGGCUCUUUUAUCAGUAUCUUCAAAGAUAUUAUUUAAAGAUGGAUUGAUUGUGACAUUUUACUGGUCCUGGAUUCUAAAGUCAAUUAUUAUUAGUUUCUGUGACACACAUAUACCUUUUUAAAUUAUUAUUAAAGUCAUAACUACUGGUGAUUCUCAUUUCUUACAACUCUCUCUUCCACAAGGGAGGAUCUGGGUUGAACUACAUCAAUCAACCUAGAUUUUUCGUCAGGCAAGGGCUUUUAGUUGGUGGGAAAUAAGUCUUUGCAUGCAGAAGAGUAAGAAUUUGAAUUCCCAAAAAGAAAAAUGAAGAAUGAUGCAGUUCGAAUGGAGGAAGAGAGGAAGUAAUGAGGCCAUUGUUGGAUGGAAAUAAUGAUUAUCAUGGUCAAAAUAAAAAUGAUUUAGCGAAGAGGGUGUGGAUCGAAUCAAAAAAGUUAUGGCAUAUUGCUGGUCCGGGUAUAUUCAGUCGUAUAUCUGCGUUUUCUAUUAAUAUAAUCGCCAUAUCCUUUGCUGGUCAUUUGGGUAACCUUGAGCUUGCCUCAAUUGCCAUUGCCAUGAAUGUGUUUAUGGGUUUCAGCUUUGGCUUAAUGUUAGGAAUGGCAAGUGCAUUGGAGACAUUGUGCGGCCAAGCAUAUGGAGCUAAGAGAUACCAUAUGUUAGGGAUUUUCAUGCAACGUUCAUGGAUUGUUCAGUUUGUCACCGCAAUUUUACUGCUACCACUUUACUUUUUCGCUUCACCAAUUCUUAAACUACUGGGUCAGCCAGACGAUGUAGCUGAAUUAUCAGGGUUACUGAGUUUAUGGUUGAUUCCCCUUCAUUUUGCAUAUGCUUUUCAAUUCCCAUUACAACGAUUUCUUCAGAGUCAACGUAAGGCAUAUGUUUCUGCUUGGGUUUCUUUGUUUGCUGUAACAAUUCAUAUUUUAAUGAGCUGGUUAUUUGUUUACAAGCUUGGUGUUGGUGUAAUUGGAUCUUGUAUCACUGUCAGUAUCUCAUGGUGGAUCAUAGAUUUGGGAUUAUUCUUUUAUGUUUUUUGUGGGGGUUGCCCUGAAACUUGGGGCGGGUUUUCCACAGAAGCCUUUUCUGGUCUGUGGGAUUAUUUCAAACUCUCUGCGGCUUCUGGGAUCAUGCUGUGCUUGGAGAUAUGGUACUACAGAAUACUGACGUUAAUGACAGGGAAAUUAGACAACGUCAAAAUUGCGGUGUCAGCUCUGGCGGUCUGUAUGAACAUAAAUACAUGGGAGAUGAUGAUUCCACUUGCCUUCUUUGCUGCAACUGGGGUAAGGGUCGCAAAUGAGCUUGGAGCAGGGAACGGUAAAGCUGCGAAAUUUGCCUCCAUCGUUUCAGCCACCACUUCUAUGAUUAUAGGCCUCUGCAUUUGUACCCUGAUAAUGAUUUUCCAUGGGAAGUUAUCUUUUCUUUUCACCUCGAGCGAUGUUGUCAUCCAAGCAGUUGAUCAGCUAACACUUCUCUUGGCCAUCACUAUUCUCCUCAACAGCAUUCAGCCGAUUCUCUCAGGGGUAGCUGUUGGAUCAGGAUGGCAGGCAUCAGUAGCCUACAUAAACCUCGGAUGUUACUAUGUAGUUGGACUUCCUCUUGGAGUUACUCUAGGAUGGGUUUUGCAUCUAGGUGUUGGGGGUAUAUGGAGUGGGAUGAUAGGUGGAACCGCUGUUCAAACCUUGAUUUUGAUUAUAAUGACCAUGAGAUGUGAUUGAGAUAUGCAGGCUGAAAAGGCAAGCCUGCGAAUGAGGAUGAUGGCGACUCCAUCUUCUAAAGCAUAGACAGUAUCGCCUUGGUAUAGCAGGGCAGCCAGGUCUGCAGCUAAAACUUCUUGGAAAUAUACAAUUUCUUUUUGCAAAAACUUGCUUGUUGCCCAAAUGAGAUAUUGCAUACUGUGAAAUUCGUUGAAUGUACUAAGUCGGACGAGUCAAUAACAAUUAUAAUCCGACUCCGAGUUGGAAAUGCCAAAUUUUUAGUGUUAAUGGUCUGAUA